GAGCUUUCCAAGCUGACCUCGAGAUCUCUGCCCCGUUUUCUUCAUUUGGGCGAGCCUCGCCCCGUCUCUCCAACACCACGAAGUUGCUUUCGCGCUUACGACGGCCGCUGCCCUCUUAGCUUCUGUUGUCAGACUGACUCUAGAGCCCUUGCUUUCUGCCGAAUCCAAGUCGUUCUUUGGUCUUCAACCGCCAAAAUGGUUCUGCACAACCCCAACAACUGGCACUGGGUGAACAAGGAUGCCUCGGCGUGGGCGCGGAAGUGGUUCGAGGACAACCUCACCAAGAUCGAGGCGAAGGAGGGAGACGUGACGGCCAAGAUCAGCAGUGUCAUCAGCAUGACUGGGGAUGUCGACGUGGCGCAGCGAAAGGGCAAAGUCAUUACCAUUUUCGAUGUCAAGUUAACUCUGGAGUACACAGGCUCCACUGCCGAGGACGAUGAUAUUUCGGGAACGAUUACGGUGCCGGAGGUCUCGCACGAGCUGGAAGAGGAUGAGUUCGUGUUUGAGAUCGACGUCUACUCCGACAGCAAAGAGAAGCAGCCGGUUAAGGAUCUCGUGCGGUCGAAGCUCGUUCCCCAGCUGCGAGCCGAGUUCCUCAAGCUCUCUCCCGCCCUCAUCGCCGAGCACGGCAAGGAUAUCCAGCACGCACCCGGGUCGAACCCGUCGAGUGGCUUCUCAACCCCCAAGUACCACCCGCCGACAGGCUCUGUGGCCAAGCCGGCGGCAACAACAACCACGCAGACGAACAGUGUCAGCAUUGUCAACACCACCACGGUGACGGACAACGAAGAGUUCCGCACGACGGCCGAAGAGCUCUACAAGACGUUCACGGACCCGCAGCGGAUAGCGGCCUUCACGCGCGCCGCGCCCAAGUUGUUCGAGGGCGCCAAGAAGGGCGGCAAGUUCGAGCUGUUCGACGGCAACGUCUCGGGCGAGUACCUGGAGCUGGAGGAGCCCACCAAGAUCGUCCAGAGGUGGCGUCUGAACCAGUGGCCGGCGGGCCACUACUCGAAGCUGCAGAUCGAGUUCGACCAGAACGAUGUCGACCACGUCACGGUGAUGCGCGUCGAAUGGACGGGCGUCCCUGUCGGUCAGGAGGAAGUGACGAAGCGGAAUUGGCUCGAGUACUACGUGCGGAGCAUCAAGGGGACUUUCGGCUUUGGCACCAUGCUUUAAAGGGAAGGCCGGCAUUGCAAGGGAGGACGGCGUUUAAGGGAUUUAGGCGGGCAUGGAUAUAUGCAACGCAACCGUCAUCCAUGGUGGCGGGUCGCAUCCGAACAUAGAAUUAAGGGUCUGUGCCGUUCGAGUUGACCGCUUGUGAUGAUGGCCAGAGAACUCCAGAAUUUCGGCGGCACGAGUUCAAGAUCAAUGAGAAGACGACUAUUUACACUGCAAUCAAGGGUAGUCCCCUCAGGGGGCUGCGCUUG